UUCCCCUCGUUCACUCUCUCCGGCUCUCCACCAACCGCCCACACCAGCUACCCGCGAAGACACCCCGAGACAUCUCGCAAGAACCAUGCAGAUCUUUGUCAAGACCCUCACGGGUAAGACCAUCACCCUCGACGUCGAGCCUUCUGACACGAUCGACGGCGUGAAGCAGAAGAUCCAGGACAAGGAGGGUAUCCCCCCCGACCAGCAACGUCUGAUCUUCGCGGGCAAGCAGCUGGAGGACGGCCGCACGCUGUCGGACUACAACAUCCAGAAGGAGUCUACCCUCCACUUGGUGCUCCGCCUGCGUGGCGGCAUGCAGAUCUUCGUCAAGACCCUCACGGGUAAGACGAUCACUCUCGACGUGGAGCCUUCCGACACGAUCGACGGCGUGAAGCAGAAGAUCCAGGACAAGGAGGGCAUCCCCCCGGACCAGCAGCGUCUGAUCUUCGCCGGCAAGCAGCUGGAGGACGGCCGCACCCUUUCGGACUACAACAUCCAGAAGGAGUCUACCCUUCACCUGGUGCUCCGCCUGCGUGGCGGCAUGCAGAUCUUCGUCAAGACCCUCACGGGCAAGACGAUCACUCUCGACGUGGAGCCAUCCGACACGAUCGACGGCGUGAAGCAGAAGAUCCAGGACAAGGAGGGCAUCCCCCCGGACCAGCAGCGUCUGAUCUUCGCCGGCAAGCAGCUGGAGGACGGCCGCACCCUUUCGGACUACAACAUCCAGAAGGAGUCGACCCUCCACCUGGUGCUCCGCCUGCGUGGCGGCAUGCAGAUCUUCGUCAAGACCCUCACGGGCAAGACGAUCACUCUCGACGUGGAGCCUUCCGACACGAUCGACGGCGUGAAGCAGAAGAUCCAGGACAAGGAGGGCAUCCCCCCGGACCAGCAGCGUCUGAUCUUCGCCGGCAAGCAGCUGGAGGACGGCCGCACCCUGUCGGACUACAACAUCCAGAAGGAGUCUACCCUUCACCUGGUGCUCCGCCUGCGUGGCGGCAUGCAGAUCUUCGUCAAGACCCUCACGGGCAAGACGAUCACUCUCGACGUGGAGCCUUCCGACACGAUCGACGGCGUGAAGCAGAAGAUCCAGGACAAGGAGGGCAUCCCCCCGGACCAGCAGCGUCUGAUCUUCGCCGGCAAGCAGCUGGAGGACGGCCGCACCCUGUCGGACUACAACAUCCAGAAGGAGUCGACCCUUCACCUGGUGCUCCGCCUGCGUGGCGGCAUGCAGAUCUUCGUCAAGACCCUCACGGGCAAGACGAUCACUCUCGACGUGGAGCCAUCCGACACGAUCGACGGCGUGAAGCAGAAGAUCCAGGACAAGGAGGGCAUCCCCCCGGACCAGCAGCGUCUGAUCUUCGCCGGCAAGCAGCUGGAGGACGGCCGCACCCUUUCGGACUACAACAUCCAGAAGGAGUCGACCCUGCACCUGGUGCUCCGCCUGCGUGGCGGCAUGCAGAUCUUCGUCAAGACCCUCACGGGCAAGACGAUCACUCUCGACGUGGAGCCUUCCGACACGAUCGACGGCGUGAAGCAGAAGAUCCAGGACAAGGAGGGCAUCCCCCCGGACCAGCAGCGUCUGAUCUUCGCCGGCAAGCAGCUGGAGGACGGCCGCACCCUUUCGGACUACAACAUCCAGAAGGAGUCGACCCUGCACCUGGUGCUCCGCCUGCGUGGCGGCAUGCAGAUCUUCGUCAAGACCCUCACGGGCAAGACGAUCACUCUCGACGUGGAGCCAUCCGACACGAUCGACGGCGUGAAGCAGAAGAUCCAGGACAAGGAGGGCAUCCCCCCGGACCAGCAGCGUCUGAUCUUCGCCGGCAAGCAGCUGGAGGACGGCCGCACCCUGUCGGACUACAACAUCCAGAAGGAGUCGACCCUGCACCUUGUCCUCCGCCUGCGCGGUGGCUGUUAAACGGAUACAUGGCUUACUGAGGAUGACAUGAAUCUGGCGUGUAGGGAAGGGCGCAAGGAGACGCUGGGCGUGUGGGGAAUAACCGUUGCUCUACCCUUUCAACGCCCAUGAUUGUUCACGAGACGGACGACUCAUGCCGUGGUUGAUCGUGUCGUGUGAUGUUCGUUUGUUCGACAUUGAUGCCGUGGAUGGGAAUAAUCUGUUUCGCACUGCUGUAGUGAGUCAGUACCUGAGCAAGUAGCUGCUGACCUAUGUAUGGAUGUCGAGGGACCGAAUGCCACGGGCAGGUUUGUAUGUGUGUGUGAGAGAGAGGAGAUGCUGUUUGGAGUGUGACGAGGAACAAGACGCGCAAGAGCCGACGAUAGCUUGAGUGUUUGGUAUGAGGAAGAUCUGCCGAGCAGCUGAAUGUCUUCUGUGGGCUGGCGUUGGAACGAAAGUAUGUGUCGUGAACCAAGUCCACUCUUUCUGUGCUACAAUCUGCCGGAUGAUGCCGUCAGAUGAGUUGUCUCACGUCUUGGCGUGAGCUGCUUUGAACAUAUACCUCUGCGCUCUCCAACCGUGUGGUCCCAGUGAAAUCAGGGCACUCGUGCUUCGAUUUGUUGUGGAGCUUGCUUGCUCAAAUGAAAUGAGUUGGCAACGACAGGCUCGAUGUGUUUUUUGUCGUUUUCGCCACACGAGUGUGGGUCUUCCUGCUGUUUCAGCGUGUCGAAGCCGGAAUUCCAAUUUAUCGAGGAUGAUUGUUGUAGAAGAGAUCGAAAUCGGACGUGAUAUAUCGACGAAAUGAAGCCGUCGGUGGCCGUGCUUGUCCUACAGAGCUAUUCAAGCGCCCGCAGACAGCACAACACAUCUGGUGACACGUGGUGCUUUUCUUGGCGAAAAAUUCCCGCGAACCCGAGGAAAUGCGGCCCUUCCCGGUGAACCCGGUCUCGGUGGACGUUGCCCCGCCACUCAAAGGUUUCUUUCGCGUAGUUUCACAGCAUCCAUGCGGUCGUUACAUCGCCCACAAACACAAGCGAGGUGCUCCGCAUGCAUUCAUGAGUUCAUCGCCUGACACAUGAACGCAGGCGACCACAAGGCCGCUGCCAGACCUUCGCGGGUGUUGAGUCUAAACGAUCGCUGUGAAGUUGAACCCAUGCGGGGUGGCUUUCAAGCAACAUUGUCCAUAAAACAGUUGUAAUCCGAGGGUAGGUGUAGGUAAACACUCGCAGGAACUUC